GAGGCAUCACGUAUACGCCGCUCUGGCUGCCGUUGCAUCGGAGAAUUCUGCUGACCCGUAGAAAAAUAAUAACAACGAUAAAUAUAGCUGCAGAAGAACCAAAAAAAAAAAAAAGAACAAGCGAAUCGUACACCCCGCGUGAGUCAAGGAAUUAUGUUUUUUUUUUGGUGUGAAAACCGCCUCACCAUUUCUCCCUUUUUAGCACUUUUGGGCCACGCGUCUUCUGAAGUUCACCAAUGUCAAGUGCAUGGAUUUACCCACUUCACGAGGAUUUACCAAGUACGAGUACUGUCGUUUGAAAGUGGUACGCAGGAAUCACGUGGAACUUUCGCUGAAGGUCAGCCUCUUGCAGCUUCCUAUACGUAACUUGACCGCCAGAUUACAAUGCUUUCAAAGGCGGGAUGGCUAUCGACCCUUCAUGUACAAUGUGCUCUUUGAUUUCUGCAAACUAAUGGCCAGUAGCAGUUACAAGUUGUCCUUUGAAAGAUUUAUUUUUGAUGCCAUCCGGAAGCAGAGCAACUUUAAUCAAACUUGUCCGUGGAAAGAGAACCACAUGACGGUUGAGAAGUUCGCCCUGGAUCUCAGCAAGAUCAACAUGCCGGUGCCCGGCGGAACGUACCGCCUGGAUUUCACCUUUUAUGCGUACGGCGUCGCUCGUACAUUGACACAGGUGUUUUUCGAGAAAAUCGAGUGAGACUUCGGGCGUCACCGCCAGCUUGUUCUAAGUUCUGUUCAAAACGGCCUAGAUUGCGCAAGUCAAGAGCUCCAAAUACACUCAAUGGAAUGGCAUCACUGGUUCUCAAUUUGCAUAGAGCAACGAUUUGAUUUCCUUGCCGUAAUAAAAAGUCUGUGUGGCAAGUUGAAGUCAAUCAAGUCAAUAAACAAUUACGGGCAGUGGAAAAUUUUUUAGAGGGCUCGGCCUAGGCACAGUGGGAGAAAAAAAGUCUGCCCGUUGGGGAAAUGACA